GACGUGUCGCCGGUACUGCAACUUAUCCCGAAGUUUUACAAUCAUUCUGAAAGUGACGGCGUGGUUGCAGCUAAAGUUAUAGUUAUUCGAAUUCGUUCCACAAUUCCUUGGAGAAAUGUGUUGCUUUUCUAUAAUAUUUAAUAGUGCAAGUUUAAUUUAAAUUUUAAUCAUCACACCAUAAGUGACAAGUUACUGUGAACCAUGACUACAUUCAAGCUAAUACCAACGGUCGUGGUGUCUACGAUUCUGUUUGUUUCAGCAUUUGCACAAUCCUCUCGUUCCAUUGCCCAAACAAAGUGCUUCUUUCAAAAAAGUUGCAUCGAAUGCCUCGACGCUGACAAAGACUGUGCAUGGUGUACGGAUGAAAAUUACGAAAUGAGAAAAUCACGAUGCAUGACGAAACAAGAGCUAUUAGAAUCGAAUUGCAACGCAUCCAAAAUUGAGACGAACUACAACUAUUCCCAUCUUCAAAUUACGCAAAAUGAGCCGCAUCGGGAUUUUGAUGCUCAGAAGCUAGAAGCGAUACAAAUAUCGCCCCAGAAAAUGAAUCUACGCUUAGGCAAAUUGGCCGCAAAAACUAUUUCGUUUCAAUACAAACCUGCCAAAAACUACCCAUUGGAUAUGUACUACCUGAUGGAUCUUACCUGGUCGAUGCGAGACGAUAAAGCAACGCUAGAAAGCAUGGGUAGCCAGUUGGCACUGGCGCUAGCUAACAUGACGGCGAACUAUCAGCUCGGAUUUGGCAGUUUCGCCGACAAACCGGCCGUACCGUUUAUUCAAUCCGAACCACAUCGUCUCCAGAAUCCAUGCUAUUCGGAAAAUGAUCAGUGCGAACCAACGUACGGCUUUCGGCAUCGGUUGAAGAUCACGCGUGAUAUCGAUAGAUUUAUUGCGCAGGUAAAGGAAAGUAAUGUUACCGGCAAUGUGGACAAUCUAGAGGCAGGUUUGGAUGCGCUAAUGCAAGUGCUGGUAUGCGAAAAACAAAUCGGAUGGGGCUCGAACACUCGCAAAAUUGUAAUCGUGGCUACGGACGGGUGGUUACACAUGGCUGGUGAUGGGCUACUGGCUGGUAUCGUGGAAGAAAACGACAAACAGUGCCAUUUAGAUGAGGAGGGCAACUUUGUGGAUGUGCUAAAGUACGAUUAUCCAUCACUGGAGCAAAUCUGGCGUGUUUUGCUACGCUCAAAGACGGCCGUGAUAUUUGCCGUCACAGAGGCCCAAGAAGCGUACUACCGACGACUGAGCGAACUAAUGCCAGAGUUUACAAGCGUAGGCCGGCUGCAGGACGAUUCGUCCAACAUUAUUCAGCUGGUAGAUGAUGGAUAUCGAGAAUUUAUCAAACGGGUAGAGUUCACAGACAACUCGCCGGACUAUCUUGAAGUGCGUUACACCACUGACUGUGGUGGAAUGUAUCGCGUACCGCAACCGAUUAACCGAUGUGACAACAUUGAAAUUGGAAAGGAAUAUAAAUUCAACGUCGAGUUGCAGUUGCUGGAUUAUCCAAAAGACCCAUCGGUAACGAAUGUCACUAUUCGCAUUGAGGAGAAACUGAUCAGCAACGAAGCAGUUGAACUAGAAAUCGAUUUACGAACUACCUGUGACUGUGAUAAAAACAAGAAACCAACGGAACUGAGUGAAUUGUGCAACUUCAACGGGGAUUACGUGUGUGGACUGUGUCAGUGCUAUGUUGGAUGGAUAGGAAAAACGUGUGAAUGCAAUCUACAAAACUCUCAAAACCGACGAGAACUGUUCGAGCAAUGUGUGGCACCUAGUGAUGGAGAUGAGCUGCGUACCGGCCCUAUUUGUUCUGAUCGUGGAGAAUGCAUUUGCGGCCAAUGUUACUGUAAUCCCGGAUUCAAAGGUGAACAUUGCGAAUGUAACGAAUGUGCUACGAUUGAUGGUACAAUUUGUGGAGGUCCAGACCACGGUACCUGUAUGUGUGGGACAUGCAGUUGCUUGAACCCAUGGGCUGGUGACAAUUGUGAUUGCACGAUGGACACAACUGGAUGUAAGGCACCAUCGAACGACGCACUGUGCUCUGGACAUGGAGAGUGCACUUGUGGACGUUGCACUUGUGACGAAUCAUUUUUUGGACCAUUUUGUGAAACCAAGGAUGGCGAACAACCGGCACUAUGCUCAUCUUACGAAGAUUGCAUCCGUUGUGCAGUGUAUGGAAUAAAUGGUAUUCCUUGCCAAGAUUUGGACAGAAAGUGUCGUGAAAAGAUUGGACUGUACAAAGUAGAGCUGAUUGCCGCAACUUAUGACUUUCUAAAUUGCACUUUUCGAUUCAACGACGAAAAGAAUGUGUGCGACUACAAAUUCUCGUACGCACUUUCAACCAAUGGAGAAACAUUGCUCAAAGUACAGAACUUCCAAUGCAAAGAGGUUAAUUUGAUUGCAGCCGGGCUUGGCAUCGCUGUGUCGAUCAUUGUCGGUGGCAUAAUGCUGCUAUUUUGCUACAGAUGCAAACUAACGUACGAUGAUCGGAAAAUGUUUGCUAAAUUCGAAAAGGAAAGGGAGCAAGAGACUAAAUAUCAGAUGGAUAGUCCACUCUACAAAUCGCCAAUAACGGAGUUUAAGGUUCCUGCUGAAAUGGAAACAAGCGUAUUGUAAGUUAUUUGUUCAAAAUUAUGCAAGGUAUUUAGGUCGCUAAAAAAGUGUCGUUUAUCAUCCAUUAAAUUAGAGAAGAACUGUUCAUAGCCCGAUAAAAUAUAUUGUGUAUAUUGUAUCAUAACAUUAUGCUAAAUAAAAUGAAGUGAUCACACUUUAUUUCAUUUUAUGCGAGCACCGGUAGGCAAAACAGAAAAGUUUCGUAGUAGUAUAGUAGAUUAACCGGGGCGGCCCGGUGGUGUACCGGUAUCAGCGCCGGUCUUCGCACGACAGAACCGGUCCAAAAUCCCAUCUGGACCAAUCCCCCGAACUCGGAAAUGACUAUUCUGCUACGGGUAAAUAAAAGUCUUAGAAAGCCAGAAAUGUCAGGCCUAGACCUGUUGAGGUUGUUGUGCCGAUAACGAAGAAGAAGAUAGUAGAUUAAAACGUGCCAUUCGAAUAAACAAGAUCGAUUAAUAAAAACGAU